AUGUACACGUCAUCCCAAAACCAACCUCUGAGAACCCAACCAUGGCCGCUAUCCCCAUGGACACACACUCCGAGAAGCCCUGCCACGCUGCUAUCAUUCACAGCCAGGUCCGCCGGAUCAGGGAGGAGGAUCUCCUCAUCCGAGAGGCCACCGGCGAGGUACGAAGCUUCCGUGAUCGUGAUCGUGAUCGUGAUCGGAUCGCUCUCCUCAAUCUCACCAAGCACAUCGACGCCUUCCUCUCCUCCCGCCCCAUCCUCCCUUCUUCCCCCCUCGGCCAUCGGACGUCCGCAAUCGAUCCUUCUGUCCAAUGAUCCGCCUCCGUUCCGACGAGAUAUGCCCCUGUCAGUUAUUUCCCAAACUGACCGCCUGGCGUUCUUUCUGAAAAAUUUAGACUUUUGGCAAGGGUUGGGGGAAACGCGCUUUGCAGCGGGAUCAGAGCAAGCACGGACGCACAGUCUUGCCUACUUAUUUUUACUAUUUUGCCCUCCUCGUUACUUGUACAUAAUAAUCUUCUCGCUUUUCUUACUUUCCUGA